GGCAAGAUGCCAGUAGUUCUUCCCUUUCAAGCCUUUCCAUGGGCUGUUUGAGUGUCCUCAUGACACUCUGGCUUUCCCUAGAGUGAGCAGUCCAAGACAGAACAAGGCAGAAGUCAUGACAUCUUAUAUGAUUUAGCCACAUACCACUAUGUAGCAAUAUCUUACUGGUUACACAGGUCAGCCCUAUUCAUUGUGGUAGCAGAUUACAUUAAGUGUGUGAUUACCAAGCAUCAGGAAUCAUCAGGAGCCAUCUUGAAGACUGGCCAGCACAUGAAGUCUCCCCUCAUUUAUGUUUUGAUUUGCAUAAAAUCAAUAGGAAUUUCACACUAGUAUGAAUAUAAAACAUUUGUCCGAAUAAACAUAAAUAUAAGUGUUUUUCUGGGAUAGUCCGCAAUACUGUCAUCCACUAACAGUAUUGACUUGGUCCACAGCAGGGCUGGAAAAGUGAGACUGGGAUGGUAGGUGGACAGAGGAACUACAGUGAGUGAAUUGGAAGUGGUUCAGAAUGAAAGAGUUAAUAUUCCAAGGAAGAAGAAUUCACUCAUUUAUUCACUCAGUAGGCAUUUAUGAGCACCUCAGUUUUUAAUAUAGCAUACUCAAGGAGCUCAGUGUCUAGUAGAAAGACAACCAUACAAGCAAGUAUGUAUGUAGACAUUACUGUGUACCAACCUAUGCAAGAUGUAUAUGUGUAUAUAUGUAUUUUUUAUUUUUUUUUAAUUUGAGUUUUGCACUUGUCACCCAGGCUGGAGUGCAGUGGCAUGAUCGUGACUCACUACAACCUCCGCCUCCCAGGUUCAAGCGAUUCACCUCCCUCAGCCUCCUGAGUAGCUGGGAUUACAGGCAUGCACCACCACACCUGGCUAAUUUUGUAUUUUUAGUAGAGACGAGGUUUCAUGAUGUUGGCCAUGCUGGUCUUGAACUCCUGACCUCAGGUGAUCCACCUGUCUUGGCCUCCCAAAGUAUUGGGAUUACAGUGAGCCAUGGUGCCCAGCCACAAGAUAUAUUUUACAUCCAUUGUUUGAGUACCUCAAAAAUCCUGUGGGAUGGGUUAUCUAUUUUACCAGUAAUGACACAAAGACUUAAAAAAAGCGUGAGAUUUGCCAAAGUCUUGUUCAAUGAAUGACUGAAGGUGUUUUGGGAAAAUGAAACUUAUGACUAAUUGGCUUUGAAGUGUGGGUGGUGAAGAAUAUAGCAGUCCUGGAGGCAGUUGAAAAUGGUGAUCUGAUGCCUUUUCAGGAUGUCCAGCAAAGAAUCCUGUGGGAAAAAAGAGACAUCUCAGAGGAAAGACACCACCACCUCAUCACCCGAUUUUGGUGAAAAAGACAAGAAAGAGAGAAAAACCUCAGCAAGUUCUACUAGUUCAUCUUCUAUAAGAUCAGUUUCAUCAGAAAAGAGAAAACUGAAAUCAGAUCAUACAGAUGUUCUGUACUAUAAUAUAAAAAGAAGACAAGAACUGAAAAGAUUGAGUGUAGAAAUUAACACUCUCAGAAGGAGACCAAAAAUCAGUUCUUCAUCCCAAAGACCUAUUAAACUCAAAGAAGCAUCAUAUUCAAAUGAUAAUCAAAUUAUUUCUCAGAGUCCUUCUUCAAAUGGAACUAAAAAAGACAUACGUAAAUUUGUAGACUUUAAACCUAAAGAUAUCAAAUUGACAAAUGCUGGAAGCAAGCUCGACCAUGGAAUUAAAGGCCUUAGUAGUCCUAAGAGUGCCAGUGAUGUGAAACCUAAAGCCGAAGGCCAGGCAAGUGAAAAUAAAUGGGCUCAUUUACUUGUUCAGGGAGAGAAGAUGAAAGAACUCAAGAAAGAAAGAAACAAAUUCAGAGACAAUUCUGAAAAAUGUGUCUUAGAGAAAUGGAAGAGAAAUCAAUUUUCUCAGGAUUAUAAUUCCAACAAGAUAAUGAAGGAACCCUUGGGAUCUAGAAGACAGAAGAUCAGUUUCAAAAUCCCUAUAAAAUCCUGUGACACCCUCCAGAAACUUGUAGAAGAAAAUGUCUUCAACAUAGAUUCUAACAAGUCAAAGACUAAGCAGGAAGAAAGAGAAUACCUGGAAAGCUCCCAGGUUUCAUUAAAUGUGACUAGGCAGAAAACUGAACAUUUACUUUCAGAUUUCACAUAUAAGCGGACUGUUCAUGAGUGGAAACGAAAACAUCAUUAUGACCAUCAAGAAAGUAAUGAUUCACAUUCUAGUGAAAACCUAACCCAGAGUUUUGAAGCACCAUGUUCUUCCGUGUCAUCUGAAAGUAUCCAGGAUGCAGAUCAAGAGAUGCAGAUAGUAGAAGAGCUUCAUGCUGCACGUGUGGGAAAAAGCGUGGAUUUACCUGGAGAGUUAAUGAGUAUGGAAAUUGACUUAGAAGAUGAUGUACAUUCCUCCUCUGGUAUACCCUCAAAUAAUACUUCAGACAGAAAGCUUCUAAUUGUUAUUGACACAAAUAUUCUGAUGAAUCAUCUCAAAUUUGUUAGAAUUUUGAAGACAACAGAAGUACCAGGUUUUGACAAACUUGUGUUAAUAAUUCCCUGGGUCGUUAUACAAGAGCUAGAUCGUAUGAAGGAAGGAAAACUACUAAAACAUGCCCAGCACAAAGCUAUACCUGCAGUUCAUUUCAUCAGUGACAGUCUCAAAAAUCAAGAUAGAAAGCUAUGGGGUCAAUCAAUACAACUUGCAUCCCAAAAACAUUAUGGAUUGAGUGAUGAGAACAAUGAUGAUCGAGUACUAAAAUGCUGUCUCCAGCACCAGGAAUUAUUCCCUUGUUCUUUUGUUAUUCUGUGCACGGAUGAUAGAAACUUAAGAAACAAAGGCCUAAUAAGUGGUGUGAAGUCACUCAGUAAAGAAGAAUUGAGUGCAGAGUUAUUACACUUAUCUCUGAACACAGAUGUGUGUCAUCAGCCUUGUAUUCCUAAGCAACAGUUGAAAGCAGAAACAACACCCUUGAAAGAGAGCUAUAAGGAAGAAUCUACAAAUUCUGGACUGUCCAUUCUGCUUGAGAGCAUUGUAUCUGAUCUUGAAAAAUCUCUUGGAACAGGUUUAUCUUCAAUAUUAGAAACAGAAAUGAAAAUUGCUUUUGGAAACCUUUGGAUGGAGAUCCUGUACCUGAAACCACCAUGGACUCUACUACAUUUACUACAGUGCUUUAAAAAACACUGGUUGGCUGUAUUUGGAUUAGUUAUGGAAAAGAACUUGCUUUUAACUAUUGAGAGCCUAUACAAAAAUCUCUGUAAAGCUAAUAAGGCAGUGGAUUUUACAACAGUCAAAUUCUUGCUUCAGGAUUCUAGAAUUUUGUUACAUGCUUUCAGUACAAGGUCAAAUUAUGAUGGUAUUCUUCCACAGACCUUUGCUCAAGUAAACAACCUCCUUCAGACAUUUGCAGAGGUCAAGACAAAACUUACGCCAAAUUCUUCAGAAAACACAGUGACUAAAACGCAGGAAGGUACUUCAUUGAAGUCUCAUAAUCAAGAAAUCACUGUUUUCUCGAGUUCUCAUCUUCCCCAACCCAGCAGGCAUCAAGAAAUCUGGUCUAUCCUAGAGAAUGUUUGGAUUACAAUAUAUGAGAACAGCACGGAUGUAUUUCAAAGAUUGGGCUCAAAUUCAGCUCUGACUACUUCAAAUAUAGCAUCAUUUGAAGAAGCAUUUAUGUAUCUUCAAAAGUUAAUGGCAGCUGUGAGGGGUAUUCUUGAAGGAAUUCAAAGGAUUUUGGCCCCAAACAGUAAUUAUCAAGAUGUUGAGAUCCUCUAUAACUUCCUAAUCAAGUAUGAGGUAAAUAAAAAUGUCAAAUUUACUGCCCAGGAACUUUAUGAUUGUGUUUCUCAGACUGAGUAUAGGGAAAAGUUAACCAUUGGAUGCCGCCAGCUGGUUGAGAUGGAAUAUACCAUGCAGCAGUGCAAUGCAUCUGUUUAUAUGGAGGCCAAAAACAGGGGAUGGUGUGCAGACAUGCUCAACUAUAGGAUAUAAAUACUGAUUUGUAACUUUAAAGGAAUUGCAUUUGUCCUUAAGAAUAACAGAGUAGUUUUCAAUCUAGUCACUCUUUUGGGCCAAACCCAAGAGAAUUUUAAGAAAUGUUUCAUAGGUAUAAAAAGGUGAUCACCUAUUACUGACAAUGUCAUUGUAGCUCUAAAAUGUCUAAUGUGUCCACUGUGGAAUAAACUGCAUAGACUCAACUCUUCUGGAGUUCACAAUGUCUCCCUACCUCUAUUCUUGAUAGUGAGCCAGUAUCUCUAAGGAAAGGAGAGCCGUAUUUUUAGUCAUCCUAGGGCAGGAGCCACUGUGGCAUCUGAGGAAGACCCAGGGUACAGUAUUAGCAUUUCUGUCAACCCUAGGUAUGGGCAUGUGACCAGAGACACUGCCAAACCCUAAGAAAUCAUUAGGACAUGAUCAUGCUCACCAUAUUUCACAAAUCUUAACAUGGGCUCUUUUUUAUGAUCAAACUAUCAUCCAUGUUGACCUGAUGAAAAGAACACCCUCCUUCACCUCCCUCAAGGUAAUGAAAGUAGAAAUUUGACUUAAGCUCCUACUUCCUUAUACAGCUUUUCCUUCUGUGGGCUUGUCACUUUUCAGUGCAUUUCUAGUGGGGAAGAGCAGGGCGACCCCUCUGCUGAGUUUCUCCUUAAAUGUGAAGCAUAAGAGAUUUAUAUAAUAGAAUUUGGUGGCAGUGACUGAUGUUUGUCUUUAGCUAAAACCAGCUGUUUAGUUGACUUUUUAGUUAUAGGAUAAGUUGGAAAUCCUUGUUUACUGGAAUAUAUUAUGCUUUUGUUAACACAUUAGAUUAAAUCGAAUUUGGUAUUCUAUUAUAAAUGUUUAUUUUUUAAAGCAAUAAAUAACUUAUUUUUGGUAA